CCUUUCUCCUUUUUACUUUUUUCUCGAUUCUUUGCAAUUUGAAAAAUAUUUCUGAGUUGCAUCAAAAGGAUCGUCGAAUAUGGACUUGUAAUUUUUGAAAAUUUCUGACGAAAGUAAUCUUCUUUUUUUGUUCACUCUUAUAACAAAUAUUUUAACAAAUAUUAAACGGGCUAUUGGUUAUUACUGUCCGAAUUGAACUCUGAAGAUUGAGAGUCAUGUCCUAAUAUAAUUUAAUCAUGGAGUACUUUAGCGAAAUAUUUUUGCUUGGAGUUGACACGAUUGUAUUUACUAUCUGCUUGAAACAGUAUAUUCACUACAAGAAUGCGAUUAAGGCGAUUAAGAAUGUUGAGCUACAUGACAUUGGCCCAGAUUUGGAAAGUCUACUAGAUAAGAGCCUGAAUGACAAAGUAGAUUAUGUCGCUAUCAAAGGAGUUGUGAAACCAUUAAAAGAAUCAUUACAAAGCGUUAAUAAAAAAGAUGUUACUGGAGUCAUACAGAAGCUUAGUGUCAGAGAACAUGUUGUUGCAAGAACAUCAGCUGGUUAUUGGUCUGACCAGGAACGAACAAUUCAGCAAGUAUAUAAUGUCGUACCAUUCGUUUUGCAAAAUAGAUGGUACCGUGUUGAGAUAACAGAUCCAUUGUCUGCUGAUAUUUUAGAUUUGGAUGUAAUCUCUGAUAAUUUUCAACCUAGUGUACCUACAAUUAUAAAUCAUAUAUGGGGAUUUUUUACGGGAGUACGCCAACGAGGUAUACAGUCUACAGAAAAAAUGUUGCGUGAAGAUUCAAUUAUUACAGCAAUAGGUGAGCUCUCGAGAUCGAAAACUGAAUCCAAUUAUCUUACUUUGCAACUUCCAUUAAAUGGAUCUCCUUUUUAUAUAACAAGCAUGUCAAUUACUUCUUUGAUGCGGAAAUUAGAUGAUCAUAAGAAAAUAUACAGGCUAUUUUGUUUGAUGAGCGGCACAAUUGGAUUAGUACUUGGAGGAAUUAUGAUAAGACGCUAUUGGAAGAAUAAACAGCAACAAAGAUUAGCAGAUCAAUUACGUCAAUCGCUCGAAACAUCUCGUCAAGAAAGGCGUCAAAGGGUCAGGGAUAGAGAUCUUAGAGAGGAUCAAAUAUGUGUAAUUUGCAGGACAAACGCACGUGAAAUUAUUUUAUUACCUUGUGGUCAUGUAUGCAUAUGCGAAGAUUGUUCAGUUAGCAUCAAUACUAAUUGUCCUAUUUGCAGAACACAAAUUAUUCAAAAAGCGGCCGCAUAUAUAGUAUAAAUUUCAUCUUGAUAUGAAUACUACUUUUAUAUAGCAAAAAUAUUUUUAUUGUAUCAGAGUGUGAAAACGAUAAUUGAUUAAAAUAAUACUAUUCCGUACGAUCCUAUCUCCUUUAUGU